AGUCGGGCUGUCCGAGCGGCGCGGCCGUGGAGCACCCAGGAGCUGGCUGUCGCGGGGGUGGCGGGGACGCGAGCCGGAGGGCUGCGUGGGGUGCAGAGCAGGCGGCCGCACAGCUUCACCUUCCUCACGGAGCCCGGAGCCGACUUAGAGCGAUUGCAGUGAGGCGACAGCCCCGGUGUACACCCGAGAAGAAGCGGCCGUGGCGGCGGUGGCGGCGGCCCCAGCCAUGCUGUGCUAUGUGACGAGGCCGGACGCAGUGCUGAUGGAGGUGGAGGUGGAGGCAAAAGCCAACGGCGAGGACUGUCUCAACCAGGUGUGUCGGCGAUUGGGGAUCAUAGAAGUUGAUUAUUUUGGACUGCAGUUCACCGGCAGCAAAGGUGAAAGCUUAUGGCUGAAUCUGAGAAACCGGAUCUCCCAGCAGAUGGACGGGCUGGCACCUUACCGGCUCAAACUGAGAGUCAAGUUCUUUGUGGAGCCCCAUCUCAUCUUACAGGAGCAGACAAGGCAUAUCUUUUUCUUGCACAUUAAAGAAUCCCUCUUGGCAGGCCACCUCCAGUGCUCCCCAGAGCAGGCAGUGGAGCUUAGUGCCCUCCUGGCCCAGACCAAAUUCGGAGACUACAACCAAAACACAGCCAAGUACAACUACGAAGACCUGUGUGAGAAGGAACUCUCCAGCGCUACCCUGAACAGCAUUGUUGCAAAGCAUAAGGAGCUGGAGGGCAUCAGCCAGGCUUCUGCAGAGUACCAGGUUCUGCAGGUCGUAUCAGCCAUGGAGCAUUACGGCGUAGAGUGGCAUGCUGUGAGAGACAGUGAAGGACAGAAACUCCUCAUUGGGGUUGGACCGGAAGGCAUCUCAGUUUGUAAAGAUGACUUUAGUCCGAUGAACAGGAUAGCUUACCCUGUGGUGCAAAUGGCCACCCAGUCAGGAAAGAAUGUCUACUUGACCGUCACCAAGGAGUCUGGGAACAGCAUCGUGCUCCUAUUUAAAAUGAUCAGCACCAGGGCAGCCAGUGGGCUCUACCGAGCCAUCACGGAAACGCACGCGUUCUACAGGUGUGACACCGUCACCAGUGCCGUUAUGAUGCAGUAUAGUCGUGACUUGAAGGGCCACUUGGCAUCUCUCUUUCUCAAUGAGAACAUUAACCUUGGCAAGAAGUAUGUCUUUGAUAUCAAAAGAACAUCCAAGGAGGUAUAUGACCACGCCAGGAGGGCUCUGUACAACGCCGGUGUUGUGGACCUUGUCUCACGAAGUGACCAGAGCUCCCCCAGCUCACCUCUCAAGUCCCCCGACAGCAGCAUGAGCUGCAGCAGCUGUGAGGGUCUCAGCUGCCAGCAGACCAGAGUGCUCCAGGAGAAACUGCGCAAGCUGAAGGAAGCCAUGCUGUGCAUGGUGUGCUGCGAGGAGGAGAUCAACUCCACCUUCUGCCCCUGUGGCCACACUGUGUGCUGCGAGAGCUGUGCAGCCCAGCUGCAGUUGUGUCCAGUCUGCAGAUCACGUGUGGAGCAUGUCCAACAUGUCUACCUGCCAACCCAUACCAGUCUCCUCAAUCUCACAGUCAUCUAACGAGUCCUGCGCUUACUGGACAGGCCAGGUCCCCAGGAGCUGCAGUAUUAUAAACUAUAAGAAUAAGAACCUAGUGAGGAACUGUCUCACUGUCAAUGCCCAUCUGCCAUGAGACAUUUUCAGACACGAAGAAGAAAAGAGAAGCAAGAAUACAGCCAUUCCUCUUCUGUGAGUAGACGCAUCAGCCCCAGCAGCAACCAGGAAGAGCUCUGGGACAUAGACACAUUCCUUCUUGGACUUUGGGUUUUUUUAAUGAUCGAGUAAAGGAGUAGAUAAAAUAGUCUUUGUCAGUUAUGUGGUACCAUAGCCCAACAGUGGGUACCUUUUAGGAAAUGAUGUCAUACGUCUCCUUAACUUCUCCCAAGGCAGCAGAUUUUAUAAGAGUUUUAAAAUUUCCCUGGUUCUUUUUCUAUGGUCAUGGAGCGCUGAACAUUUUUAAUAGGAAUUUUUUCCUUAAAGAAAUGGUCCUUGUUAUAAUGUCAUUUCUGUCUUUAUAACUCAUUCAAGAAUGACUGGAAAGCUAGCAGAUUGAAAAGCAGUCCUGUGACUUCUCAAGGGUUAACAUGUUGUCAGAUUGAAACCAGUGUGUCUGAGAGGAAACAAGUAACUCAAUGUGGGUGACUUCUUAGUCCUUUUCCCACCCCCUAACCCCAUGCCUUUCGGUGAUAAAAUGUUACCAGUUUGGUUAAAUGACUUCCAUGGCAUAGUCAAGCACUCCCUAGGCUUUGGAGCUGUUGGAAUAUUUGGAGAUUGGAAAGGAAAGUUCACAGACAGACAGACAGACAGACAGGGCAAGAGUGCCAGAGAGGCUCCUGGUGUGCUCAGGUGGUUCUUCGUGUCCCCUAAGCACUCACUCCAGCUGCACCCAUGGGUGUCGCCUUGCCUGAAGAUCAAACUUCUACAGCCUUAUCAUAGGUCUCUAGCUAGUGUCUCCUUUGUGUGUGCAUUUGCUUUCGCUUUGUUCAUGUUUCUUGUCAAUGCUUCUGUAGUCAGUGUGUUGCCCCUGCCCUGCAUCUUUCAGAGGUGGGGUUAGUUUGUUCUGUUCCCAUGUUCUCAAUUGUAUUUCCACCCCCACUUGGGCAUUUUGGAAGCUAGUGAGCUAGGGGGUUUUCUAGGGUGUCAGGAAACCUAGCUGACCUCAUCGGGUGCAAUACUAGCUAAGUGAAAGCUAGAAACCUACACUGUCACUUUACUGAGAUUUCUGAGUCUAUGUUUCAUAUUGCCUUAAUGUAGCAGUAAUGUGUUUAUGCAUUUGUUUCUUUGCACAGACAUUUUGUCAGAUAUUAAAACUCUACUUUUUUAUGGCACAUAUUAGCAUAUAAGCCUUUAUUCCAAGAGGUAUUUAUUUUUUCACUUGUAAAAAAAAAAAUAAUGUUUCCACAUUUGAAAAAAAAAACAAACUCUGUUAUAUCCUAGAGGACUUCUGUCUUUUAUAUUCAGGAUAAUAAAGACUUUAAAGCGAA